AUGUCUCAGAAAGGUCAAAAGCAACCGCCAAAGACGACGCCUGCCAGUACGGUACGACCUCAGGCGACCAACGGCAAUGCUAAGACUCCACCAAGUGCUAACAGCACGAGAGCAGGCUCGUUUUCAGCUGCCGAUCUCAAUCGCAUUGUCUUGGAAUACCUGAACAAAAAAGGCUAUCAUCGGACCGAACAAAUGCUUAGAGUAGAGAGCUCGCGUACUUUAACUCCCCAGAAUAAACAGUCGCCCGGGAACCCUGCAACAGGGUCGUUCCCAGAACCUGGUCAAGAGCCCAGUUACCAAGGUACUAGACCCGUGUCGAACCCAGUGAACGUGAAGCGCGAUUCUGAUGGCAACUUGAUAUCACAACAGGCUAACAGUUCACCAAGGCACUACUUUCUAGCUUACUCAAUGUUGAAGAAUUGGGUCGAUUCUUCGCUGGACAUGUACAAACCAGAGCUUACGCGAAUAAUUUACCCAAUUUUCAUAUACGUCUUCCUGACUUUGGUUGCAAAGAACGCGAUUCAAGCACGCCGAUUUUUCGACAAAUUCUCAGUGGACUAUAAAGCGUUUCACGCGUCGGAAAUCAACAAACUCUUCUCUGUUAACUCAAUCGAUCAUAUCAAGGAAAAUGAGUUAGCUCAGGGAUUUCAAUCCAACAAAUACCGAGUAACCAUUUCACGUACAACGUUGAAUCUACUUCUAUACUUCUUGAACGAAAACGAAAGUAUCGGAGGCUCUUUACUUAUUAGUAUCAUUAACCAAAAUCUGGAUCCAAACAUUGUGGAGACCAUAACCUCUCAAGAAACUUUGACAGAUGGCAUAAAAGACGUUUCGGCAGGUGCUGUUGACGUGGAGACACACAACUCCGUCCCCGUGAAAUUGGGGAAGUUUCCUGUAGAUGAAGAAUUCGCCAAAGAGGUGGAGACUGAGCUACAACGGAAGGAUGAUCAAGCUAAAUCGCAAGACGAAGAGAGCAAUCAGAAGGGUCUUAUCGAAGAAUAUAGAGAGUUGAACAAGUUCGCGAAGGAUGAAAAAUCUACUAAUGAUGAUGACAAAACAGAGCCUGGCACCAUGCUCGUGGAUUCCGACAAAAAGGAUGACCGCAAACAAGAUUUGUUUAUGGAGUCGCCUUCUCGAGAUAUUUUGCCUUUGCCUUCAAAGACAGCACUCGACUUGAAGUUGGAAAUUCAAAAAGUUCGCGAAUCCCGGGAUGCUAUGCGUCUAGAGAAUUUACAAUCUUCAGCGCCCAGUGUUUGCAUGUACACAUUUCACAACACAAAUUCGGAGAUGACCUCUCUCGAAUUCAGUGAUGAUGUUAGGUUGGCUUCAGCUGGUUUCCAGGAUAGUAUAAUCAAAAUUUGGUCAUUGGAUGGUACGCCUUUACAGAACAAGCUACCAUCAAAACAAGGAGAUCGGGCGAAUAAUGCUACUCUUGUUGGUCACAGUGGAACAGUUUACUCGACUUCCUUCAGUCCUGAUAAUCGCUAUCUGAUAUCGGCAUCCGAGGACAAAACCGUAAGGCUGUGGUCCACUGACACAUUUACAUCUUUGGUUAGCUACAAAGGUCAUAAUCAUCCAAUAUGGGAUGUGGCGUUUUCUCCCCUAGGCCACUAUUUCGCAACUGCUUCACACGACCAAACUGCCAGGCUGUGGUCUUGCGACCAUAUUUACCCACUAAGAAUAUUUGCUGGCCAUUUGAAUGAUGUCGAUACUGUGUCUUUUCAUCCAAAUGGUACCUACGUUUUCACAGGGUCCAGUGAUAAGACUUGUCGUAUGUGGGAUAUGAGCACCGGUGAUUCAGUUCGUUUAUUUCUAGGCCAUACAGCUCCAGUUACAUCAACGGCAGUUUCACCUGAUGGAAGAUGGCUGUCGACUGGUAGUGAAGAUGGUAUCAUCAACGUUUGGGAUAUUGGUACAGGCAAAAGGCUGAAACAAAUGAGAGGUCAUGGAAAGAACGCGAUUUAUUCUCUAUCUUAUAGUAAAGAGGGGAACGUUCUGAUGUCUGGCGGUGCUGAUCAAUCAGUCAGAGUUUGGGAUGCUAAAAAGUCCUCAGCGGAGCCUGGCGCAGAACCAGAACAGCCUUUCACAAGCUAUUCGGGCGACGUGACGACAUCCGUUAAUCAGGACAUUAAAGAGUAUGGUCGUAGGAGAACAAUCGUGCCUACAAGUGACCUGCUGGCGUCGUUCUACACUAAAAAAACACCUGUGUACAAAGUCAAGUUUACAAGGAGUAAUCUGGUUCUUGCAGGAGGUGCUUUCAGGGAAUGA